AUGGGCAUCGGAUUCCAGCGAGCAUCCGCCAAGCCAAGCAAAGACACACUCUCCAUCCGGCCCAUCCACUUCUGUCCGAUCAUUGCCGGUGACCUGCUCGAGUUUGUCGGCGCACUAGGAUACCACCCGAACCAACAUGAUCACUUUGCCAAUCAUCAGGUCGGUGUUGAAGCCAAGCAACCCAACUCCACUAUCCAAAUCGUCUGUCCAGAACUUCUUCUUCCGUUCGUCUCUGAUGGUUUAUAA